UAAAUCUUCUCAGAUUGCUCAAUUAUUCAUAUAAAUGGGCUUCGUUUGAACGAAUGUUCAGUAAAUAUUGGCCGGGAAGUGAUGGAUGACGAAAUCAGCUGGGGCAUCGAUUAUGGAAAUGAGUAGCACCAUGUCCACCAGUAAUCUGCCACCCCUGCGAAACCUGCCCAGCUGGACCAGGGUACGAGAUCUGGACCGGGUGAGAUACCCCAGACAUCUGUCCAGCGACUGUAUGGUCAGAUCUCCACCUGUGGACAUCAAGAGCCCACAAGCAGCUGCUCAGCCCAGGACAGAUGCACAGGGCACACACAUCGCCUCUCUGGAGAAAGAUGUUCUGUUCCUCCAGCAACAGCAUAAAGACACGCUGGAGAGACUGCAUGCAGAAAUUGAAGACCUGAAGCGUGUUAAUAAAGAAUUACAGUAUCAGCUGAUUAUGGAACAUGAAAAUUCUCCAAAAGAGUCCAUAUGGUCCAACAGUAAUUCCUCAAAAUCCAGCAGUGAUGGUUCAGCCGAGAAGAAUUCCCAGUGUGGAUUCAUCAGCUCAGAGGAGGCAUGUGAGGCGGGAGGAGGAGGCGCAGUCACGUCUCUGCUGCCUCUCAGGAUCACCUGCAGCCCGUCCCAGCAGCCCCGCACCCCGACGCUGAAGGAGUGUGAACUCAUCAUCCGGCAGCUCUAUCACGCCAACACCGCACAGUAUCAGGAGCUGCUGCGGAUCAAGACGGUCCUCAGAGAAGUCACCUCCAAAAACAGAUCGGCCGCUGAAGCUUUCUCUCUUGCAAGAGCCUCGCUCUGUGACAACAGCAGGGGUGAAGUUUUCGAGCAUUUCCCAAAACUACCUCUCAAACCACUCCCAAAGAAAGAGAUCCCGAGUCACGCCGGUAAAGAACCUGUGCUUCUCCCAGCCAUCAAGCACAGUCUCAGCAGCACCAUGUCAGAGCGGCAGAGGAGAGCGCAGGACGUGCACAGACUGCGUCUCAGGAGAGCUGUGAACUCUUAACCCUCCUCUGCAGUGAAGGUUACGCUUCUGUCAUUGUGCCUUCCUAUUUGCUGAUUAGAAGGUCUUACAGUUCUGUCUUUUUUUACCCUAUAAAACGGCUUAAACAUCUCAGUCAGUCUCUCUAUAAGCUGAAGGAAGGUCAAAAUAUGUAUUCUUUCUUCACCACAGAGACGUGAGGAAUGAGUGAAUGGCUGUUGAUCACGUUUGAUUCCCUAAUGAACUAAAUAAGAAUCUUUCCAGAGAAGCAGCCAAAUGUCAAAGACGAGACGAGAGCUAAGCUGCCCGUCCUUCAACAGGAAGAUCCGUAAACUCUUAAGACAGACACAAUA